UAAUGGAAGACAGCCAAACAGAGAAUGUUGCUGAAGACAAGGAUGCUAAGAAAGUUGGAGAAGAAGAAGAAGAAGAUGAAGAGGAAGCAGAAUCUAAAAAGUUAACCUACAAAAAGUCUAAAUGGGAGCUGGAUACAUUCAUCCUUGCUGCUGUCUGUCUCCCUACAGACAAACUGGACGGCAUCAGAGUCAGCAAGAAGCACAUCGCAGAGCAUCAAAGCCUGAACGACUACCUGCAGCUGGACCAGAUGGACGACGAUUAUUUCCAGAGGGAGUCUGUGCCUGGCAAAAAACGGGUUCGCUGGGCUGACCUGGAGGAGAAGAAAAACCAGAACCGACGGAGAAACUUGGGAUUUAUCGUGGGGCAGACACAGCAGGACUGGGACCGAAUCACUGACCAUGAACUUGCCAACAAAGCCCUGAACCAGACAAAAUAUUUCUACAAGAAUUAA